AUGUCUGAGACAAGAGCUGAUAGUGUCGCUGUUAAAAUUGAUAAUAUGCUUAUUAGCUUGUCUUCUACACCUUCAAAUCCCUCAAUGUUCAGAGUUGGUGAUAAUUUACGCAGCAUAAACCCAGAGGCUUACGAUCCAGAAAUAAUAGCCAUUGGCCCAUUUCACCGCAGGAAACCUAACUUGCAGAACAUGGAGCAACACAAAGCCAGGUAUCUACAGCUGUUUCUUCAAAGGAGAAAAGAGUCAAGUGUAGAAAGAUAUGUUACCACAAUAAGACACUUAGAAGAUAGGGCGCGAAAAUGUUAUGCAGAAGAUAUCAAACUUAAAGAAGAUGAGUUCGUGGAAAUGUUGAUUCUUGAUGGUUGUUUUAUCAUCGAAUUUCUCUAUAUGUUUCAACACGAAGACCGUAGGGAUGGAGAUGACCCCAUUUUCCAGUAUGGACAUAUACAAAGUCAUUUGUUUCAUGAUCUAAUGGUAUUUGAGAAUCAGAUUCCAUUUUUCAUCAUUGAUCAUUUGUUCAACAUGAUCAAGAUCAAUAAUGGAGACAACAUCAAUUCUCUAAUAAGGCCUUUAUUAGAAAAUGGCAUUUUCCCAGUGGACGAUCUUCCUGAAGUCCCUAUUGAUGGUCACCAUCUUCUUGGCAUUGUACACGACAUCCAAUGUUCAUCAUUUGCAAAAAUAACAUUUCACAAGGAAUCUGGAGGUCCUGAUAAUGUGCCGAAUAUAAUUUCAGCCGUAGAGCUUAAAGAGGCAGGGAUUUCCUUCAAAAAGUCGGAAGAUAAGAGGUUAUUUCAUAUUGAAUUCAAUAAUAAAGCAAUAAUCAUUCCAGAAUGGGAAAUUUCUGAUUCAACAGAAUCAAUGUUCCGAAAUCUGAUUGCAUAUGAGUACUACCUCACAGGCAGUCCUCAAAAAUAUGUGACGGACUAUGUAUUCUUUUUGCAUUGUCUCGUCCAUUCCCCUGAAGAUGCAAAGUUGUUGCGCUGUUAUGGAAUCAUUAGUAACUUUUUGGGGAGCGAUAAAAUGGUUUAUAAUCUAAUCAACAAGUUAGGCAUGAAUAUCAUAAUUUCUGGUAAGUUUUCGUAUUCUAAUAUUUUCAACAUUGUGAACAAUCAUUGUGGCCACAUAUGGAAUAUAAGGAUGGCAACAUUAAGGCGAAAAUAUCUCAACAGUCCAUGGGCACUCAUUUCAGUCUUUGCUGCCAGUUUCUUGCUUACACUCGCCAUUCUACAGACUACUUUUGCUAUUCUCUCAUACCGCAAUGAUCUCAAGAAGGGGAACUGA